AUGCUUCGCGGUGACGGUACAGAGAAGGAUCCCGGGGCGCACGAUCGGGAAGAUGCGAAUGUGACAACAACUGGCUAUGGAGAGACAAUUAAACGGGACAGACUUGCCGCACAAGAUCGCGAUCAAGACACCCUGAAUGGGCCGGCCAGUUCCGCCGAUGCCGAUCUCGAGAGUGGCAAGGACUCCUCACGGAAAGCCGACCAGAAGGACCGCAAGCCAUUUUUCAACCGUCCCAAAGAGCCUCUGUCAUUCAGCGAGCGCGCCAUGCGCGUUACUUGGGCGUGGUUUCCUACAACAAUGUCGACGGGCUCCCUGGCCUCUCUCAUCAGCGUCCAACCUUAUACGUUCCCCGGCUUGACGGCCAUUGGCAAAAUAUUCUUCAUCACAACCCUCGUCCUCUUCGUCUGCUUUACCGUUCUUAUCGCCAUUCGCUUCACCUUCAAGCCCCGAGCGCUGACCACGUCACUCCACCAUCCCUCCGAGUCAUUCUUCUUCGGGUCAUUCUGGGUCUCGAUUGCCCUGAUUCUGAACGGAGCAACAGUCUACGGCGUCCCGGACUCGGGGCCGUGGCUGGUAUCGGCUCUAAGGGUGGUGUUCUGGAUAUAUAUGGCGUGUGCUCUUAUCGUAGCCGUAUUUGAGUAUCACGUCAUUUUCGAGGUUGAGAAGUUGGCACUCUCGGAUGCCGUCCCAGCUUGGAUUCUUCCCGCAUACCCCUUUCUCAUCUCUGGUACCCUGGCCGCAAAUAUUGCCGAGACACAGGACCAAAACAGCGCCGUGCAAAUCAUCGUCGCAGGUAUAAUGGGCCAGGGCCUCGGCUGGAUUCUCGCCAUCUUCAUCUACGUCGUCUAUCUCACUCGCCUCAUCGCGAACAACAUGCCUCCGCCAUCGACUCGGCCAGGCAUGUACGUCUCCGUUGGCCCUGCGGCGUACACUUGCAGCGGGCUCAUCGGCCUUGGAAAGCAAGCGCAGACUGCUCUGCCCGACGGCUUUCUGGGUGUCACGAAUAUCGAUGUCGGUGACGUGUGGCGGUCCUGCUCCGUCGCUGCGGCGAUGUUUGUCUGGCUUGUCGCCCUAUGGUUCUCCGCACUUACAUCCGUAUCUAUUAUUCGCGUUGUCCGUCGAAUGAACUUCACAUUGCAGUGGUGGGCCUUUGUUUUUCCGAAUGCUGGCCUCGCCAUCGCGUCCAUUCAGUUGGGCGAUUCUCUCGAGAGCACUGGUCUCCGUGCAUUUGGUUCGGCAUUGACUGUCGUGCUGGUUGCUCUUUGGCUGCUUUGCGCCUUCUGCCAUAUCAGAGCUCUGUGGAACCGGGACUUGCUUGCAGUAGGGAAGGACCUGGGCGUUGAGGAGGUCAACCGAAGGCAUGACGAGAAGAAGCUUGCUGGAAGGUGGACUGAGGGCGAGGUCAGGCCACCAAGGUCAGAAGGCCCUUGA